GAAUUUAGAAGGAACUGUCAAUUGUCAUUGUCCGUGCAUUUUUAGAGUUUCAAAGUACCUAAUUUAUUAUUUCUAGAUUUCUAGAAGCUUGAGACGAACAAAGAGAGAAUAAUUGUUUCAGUGUGUUUGUUUUGUUUCAAGUGCUGAAUUCUUUUACGGAAUAAGUUUGAGGAAUACUAAAUACCUUCUUUGAUCAUGGAACAGGUUAACCAAUUAAAAGAAAAAGGCAACGCGGCUCUGUCUUCCGGACAGUACGAUGAGGCCGUUAAAUUUUACACCAGUGCUAUAGAAUUAGAUCCCAAAAACCACGUUUUGUAUAGCAAUCGAUCAGCUGCUCAUGCGAAAGCGGAGAAUUACUCAGCUGCCUUGGAAGAUGCCAAUAUCACUGUGUCUUUGAAUCCAACAUGGAGCAAAGGCUACUCAAGAAAAGGCAGUGCACUAGCUUUCUUAGGAAAAUAUGAUGAGGCAAUCGCUGCUUAUGAAAAAGGUUUAGAACUGGAGCCGAACAAUCAGCAACUAGCAUCAGGGUUGGCGGAAGUUAAGAAGCAGGAAAUUGAAGCUAAAAUUAGAACAGAACAGAUAAUGGAGAAACUGAAGUCAAACCCACAGACAAAAGAGUGGCUAAGUGAUCCUGACUAUGUUAAAAUGGUCAAGGAUAUUAAUCCGUAUGACUUAAAAUCGUCAGUUUUGAAGUUGGAUGACAAGAGAAUGCUCCCAACCCUCAGUGUUUUGCUAGGAUUCAAUUUGGAAACUCCAAUGGAUGUAGACCCCCCAGCAACAGAGACCAAGCCGAAACCUGAGCCUAAAAAGGAGGAGCCACCGAAACCAAAAUACGAGGACUUGCCUGAAAACCGUAGAUUAGCAUUACAAGAGAAAGACCGUGGCAAUGAAUGCUACAAGAAAAAGGACUUUGAAAAUGCCCUUCUACAUUACCGUAAGGCAAUUGAACAUGACUCAAAUGACAUCACAUUUUAUACCAAUGUAGCUGCCGUGUAUUUUGAACAGAAAGACUAUGAAAACUGUAUCAAGGAAUGUGAAAAGGCUAUAGAAAUUGGUAGAGAGAACAGAGCUGACUUCAAGCUUAUUGCUAAAGCCUUCACUCGAAUUGGUAAUGCCUACAGGAAAAUGGAACAAUGGAAAUUAGCAAAAACAUACUAUGAAAAGUCAAUGUCAGAACAUCGAACCCCAGAAAUCAAAACCCUCUUGAGUGAAGUAGAAAAGAAAAUUGUUGAAGAAGAGAGAAAGGCAUACAUUGACCCUGUUAAAGCAGAACAAGAAAAAGAACUUGGAAAUGAUUACUUCAAGAAAGGUGAUUACAGCACUGCUGUUAAGCAUUAUAGUGAAGCCAUUAAGCGCAAUCCAGAUGACCCCAAGCUGUACUCAAACCGAGCUGCUUGUUACACAAAGUUGGCUGCCUUCGAUCUUGGGCUACGGGACUGUGACCAAUGCUGCAAGCUAGACCCCAAGUUUAUCAAAGGUUGGAUUCGUAAAGGCAAAAUUCUGCAAGGUAUGCAACAACCAUCUAAAGCCCUCACGGCAUACCAGAAGGCCCUAGAAUUAGAUCCUAGUAAUGCAGAGGCUUUGGAGGGCUACCGUGCCUGCUCAACCCAACUCAACUCAAAUCCAGAGGAGGUACGUAAACGUGCAAUGGCCGACCCCGACGUUCAAGCCAUUCUCCGAGACCCAGCCAUGCGCUGUAUUCUUGAACAGAUGCAACAAGAUCCACAGGCACUGCAGGACCAUCUAAAAAACCCAGAAAUUGCCGCCAAAAUACAAAAACUACUCGAGUCUGGCCUGAUAGCAAUACAUUAGCUGCCUUAUAGGUUAAACAGGAGUUGGAAUAUUUUGUUUGGAUUGCCAGUCCGUAAUAAUUAUUACAGCUAGCAAUGAAACAUCCUUGUAAUGUUAAAGCGACUAUGCACUCAUAUAAGAACCCUAUUAUAGGUGAUAGGCAUUUUUAAGUGAUAUGUUAUUAUUAUACAAUAUUUGGUUUUAUAAUAUGUAUGUAUAUCGAGAACUAAAUUAUGACUGUCAAUUUUUUUUGUAAACUUUGGCAUGUUUGUGCUACAUGAAAUAUUAGUAAUGGUUUGAAUUAUAAUAUAUGACCAUUAUUUUCUUUUAACUUUUGCUCUAUUAACAUCUAAAGUUAUGCAUGAACUGGAAGAUAAUUACAUACAUAUUUUCUUACAAUUCAUGCAUGAAAAUGAAGUGAGACUUAAAAUAUUUUUUAUAAUUUCGAUGGGUGUCUUAGGUAUUUGAGUAAUGCGUAUACAAGGACGAAUCUAGAUCGUAAAACAAAAAUGUACUUAUUAUUAAUGUAUUAAGGAAUGUUAAUUCUUUAUUUUG